CUCCCGGUAAAUGCCCUCUGCAAAAGAUUCCUACAUGAUAGGAGCACUUGUAGUGGUGUUGAUAGUCUUUUCUCUGGACGUCUACGUAUGUUCUACUAAUUCUCGGACGAAUUCGUUGUCCCGAUGGACGAGUACAACGACUAUUUUCGGUGCAAUUUCGAAGACAGUAGAGUAUCUCAAUGUUCACGGAACCAAAGUGCCAAUCGACGUACUUGAAGGAUUACGUUGCGCAGAAGGACAACUCUCAAAACUGGUAGAAAUUCUGCAGCAAUUUAGUUUCUCUGCCUGGUUGAAGAGAGUUUUGCAUCUUCUACAUCAAAUUCAAACGGUUGUCCUAAAGUUAGAAAAGAGUCUAUCUGCCAAGCCUUUCAAUUCAUAUGAAUAUAGAAUGCAGGUGGUGGUUCAGAGAACACUUUAUUCAUCAGACAAACUUGAUAAAAGUGUAUAUCUCAACCAUGAAUGGUUGCGUAUCGAUUACACAACUGAUAUAUCUACUUCUGUGAUGCUCCUCAUGGAUGAAUGUUACGUAAAGUUGGUUGGAUCAAGCCAGGAUUCUCCUUGUAUCAUUAGCGAUAGCUGUUGGCAACUGAUGUCCAAAUUUCAUGUGAGAGGUUACAGAUUGACUCAUGAGAUAUUAUACUUCAUAUUGGGCUACACUUACGGAUGUGACAAUGUUAUGAAGGAGCAUGUAAGUGACAGCCAAGUCAGUCUGGAACACAUAAUUUCAGUUCUCUGUUCGAAUGUCUUUACGUCUGCUGUGAAAAAAUACGAAACUGGAUUGAAGACUGGACAUGACGAAGACCUGUUCAUGGAGCAGAUCAUCGUCUGUUCUCUUCUUGGCUUCAAGAACUUUCUCAAGCCAGCAUGGUUGCAUUAUGCCAUAAGAUUACAGAACAAAUCAAGUGGGUGUUUCAGUCCAUCAGAGUCUGACCAACAUCUUCAUCAACAAUCAUUAACAAAAACCAUGCGUCACCUUUUCAUUGAGAGAAAACUGCCGAACAACUGCUUUCUUCAUAUGACAAGUCUUGGUCUUGCAUUCCUCUCUAUCUAUCUGCGCCAUUUACUUCCUACACAACUGUAUAACGUAACUUCAGCUAAAGAUGCUGUCAAUUGGAAUUACAUCACAAUGUCUAUAUCAACUUCAACCCACUGGCUGUCUGUCUACUUAGUGCUUGGAGUUUUUGCUGCAAGUUGUGUUCUUAUCAUUGUGAUCAGACUGAAAUUAUGCUACAAAAAUAGACAGGGCUCAUUGCUCUCUACAUUUAAACUUUUCAGGAGGCAGUCACAGCCACUUUCAGCCAGGAAAGCCUAGUCUAGCUGGCACCAAUCACAGCUAUUUAAUUAAUGACGAAUGUUGCGUUUAGUUAAUUACCAGUUAAUACAAAGUCUUUUAGUUUGUCAUUUACCACAUUUUAUUACCAAUAAACAUUGUUUUAUUACCCAGCAACA